AUGGCAGACCAGCAGCAUGGCGACCCUGUGUAUGCGGGUCUGGACUCGUUCGAUGUAUCUGGCGCGGGAAGCACCGCAGAGGAUGACGGGUCACUUGCAGCUUUGAUGAGCAACAUCAGCCAGCAGCAUCGUCCAGAACAACGCAGCAGCAGGAGCAGCAACAACACUCGCACCAACAGCAACGGCAACACGAACACGAUCGACUCUACUGGCGCGAGCACAGACAUAAACAGCCGAGAGCGGAAUACACAGGAGACGAACACGACCGUAAACAGCACCAGCAUCAGCACCAACACCAGCAGAAGCACCAGCACCAGCAACAACAGUCGUCCGGACAUUGCAGCCAACUCCAACGCCAACACCAACGCCAACGCGGAGGCGGAUUUGUCACUUGCGUCUGCGCCGUCGACCAUUGGCCAGUCGCCGCUGUCGUUUUACCCAGCCGAGUCGUCGACGUGGGGAUCGUCCUUGUCGGGCACGCCGAGCGGGUUCGAGUACGGAUCGCCCGGAUCGUAUCUCGGCUUCUACAGCCCGCAGGCCCAGCUCGCACAGCAGUGGCCGUCGACGUCGGUACCCUCGUUUGCGGGUGCACUUCCCGAACGGCCUCGAGGAGCGGAUGCUCAGGCGGAGCAGCAGCAGCAACAGCAGCAACAACAGUCACAACAAUCACCAGAAGAACUGCUGAGUCAGCAGCAACUACAGCAGUAUCAACUACUCCAGUUCCAGCAGCAGCAGCAGCUCCUGUUUCAGCAACACCAGCUCCUGCAGCAACAGCAACAGCAGCUCAACCUGCCGGGGCACUUUGUCGGACAGCGACAGUUCCGUCCCAACGUAUCACCCGAAGUGCUUAGCGCACUGACACCGGCACAGCAAGAGGCGCUUCGAAGCAUCGCAAUGCCAGUACAUCUCCAGUACCAGUCGCCGAAGAGCGAGCCGAGCCCGCAGUCGAGUGCGGGCGGCGGGCUGCCGUCAUCGCCCGAGGGCGCGAACGGGCCCGAGAGCAACAGCAACAAUGGGAAGGGGCUGGGGAUGGGACGCAAGCGCAAGUCGUCGGCCGACGAUGACGAUGACGAUGACGAGGACGACGAGGACCAGCCGCAGCCGAUCAAGAAGACGGCACACAACAUGAUCGAGAAGCGAUACCGGACGAAUCUGAACGAGAAGAUCGCAGCGCUGCGCGAUAGCGUGCCGAGUCUGCGGAUCAUGACAAAGAGUGCACGGGGCGAAGACACGACGGAAGACCGGGAAGAGCUGCACGGACUGACACCGGCGCACAAGCUGAACAAGGCGACCGUGCUGAGCAAAGCGACAGAGUACAUCCGGCACCUGGAGAAGCGGAACAACCGGCUGCAGGACGAGAACGGGCAGAUGCUACAGCGGAUCUCAGCGUUUGAGAAGCUGUUCAUGCACGGGGCGCUGACAAAUACAAAUUUGGUGAGCCCGAUGGCGCAAGCCAAUCCGGCGAUGGCGUUUGGUGGCGGCGGGCCGGCGGACACGUCGAGCUUCAUGAACAACGCGGCGAUGGCAGCACGCGGAGGAGGUGGCGGUGGUGGUGGAGCGAGCGGGCUAGGCGAUCCGCAGGGAAUGAUCCCGGUGCCAGAGGAGAUGAAGCGGAUUUUGCAGGCGCAGGCGGCAGCUGGACGGCCGUAUCCGGUGCCUCAGCAACAGCCGUUCCCGGCGACGCCGUCGGUGCUUCGGCAGCAGCAGAUUCAACAGCAGCAACAGCAGAUUCAGCAGCAGCAGAGUCGAUGGCAGAGUGCGGGACCGUACCUGGGCAAGAUGAUGGUGGGUUCGCUGGCGGGCCUGAUGAUCCUAGAGGCAGUGCGGGAGGAGGAGCAAGACACGUCGGCGCUCGAAGGCCGGGGGCUGCUGGCGGUGCCGCUGCAGAUGGUGCGACCGAUGGUAGCCGCGUCGGGGUUGGGGAAGGGGAUGGGCGGUGCGUCAAGCGGGAUGCACGUCGGCUUUGGCGGGAUGUACAUGUCGAUGGGACAACUGGUGUGGACGGCCAAGGUGGCAGUGCUGUUGGGAGUGCUGCUGUGGGCAUUGCUGCCAAGAAUGUGGAGGAGGGGAGGAAGUGAGAAAGAGAGAGUGGAAGAGGAGAGAAGUGGAUGGUAUGGAUGGACGACAACAUCGACAGCGACAUCGACAGCGACAUCGACAUCGACAUCGACAUCGGCAUCAACAGCGCCCUCCCCCAUCCACACACGCCGCGAGGCUUGGCUGACGGCGAGCCAGAGCGUCUGGGUGCCGCGGCGGGACAGCUUUGUGGUGGAAGCGGCAGCACUGGCAGUCAAAGCGGUCAGGGUGAGCCUGCGCAAGGUGUUGGGCGUGCAGGGCUACCGGCAGCUGACCGGACAGACGACGGAGGAGGACGCGGGCCGGGUCAAGGCUUGGGAUAUCGCACUGGACGCGCAGCUGGGCGGCGGCGACGUAGCGAUCAACGGACGGCGACUAGCACUGACGCUGCUGGCUUCACACAUGCUUCCGGACACGGCCCAGAGGCGGAUGUUGUGCGCACUACACAUCCGAGUGCUGCAGCGGGAGGUGGGAGGCGGAUGGGCAGACGGGUUGGGGGCUCGUCUGGCGAGAGGCCAGUGGGAAGCAGCGAGAGAGGGUGUGGAAGAGGGCGAAAUCGAGAUGGAGAACGACAACAACCAUCUCCCCACACAUCUCUCUGUCCUCCUUCUGCAAGAGUGCGACGACGUGCUGAGCGAAGACGUGGUCCGACGGGCACACAAUCUGGCCUUCAACCGACAGACCGACGACAACGACGACAACGACGACGGUAGCUUGGAUGCCGUGGUGGAAGACGCGGCCGUUCGAUCGCCUCUGGACGCGGUGGCAGCCUGGUUUGCGAACCAGCUGGUGAGCCGAGUCCUGGCCGAAAGCGUGGAGGAGACUGAGGAAGAGGAGGACGAGAGGGAGGAGGAAGAUGAGGUGGAAAGUGGGAAUGGCUUCCACUUUCUUCCUCCCUCACCCCCCAAGAUCUCCGGUGCGGCCGUGAUCGACCUCGACGUGGCCGCACGAGCUGCUCCAGCCGGAUCGUCAGCCCAGGUGCGCGCGUUGGUGGCGCGAGCCGUGCUGGUGGACGAGCGACGAGGAACGAGUAUUGCCGAAGCUCUGCGAGCGCUGCGAUCGCUGGACGGAGGAGGAGCAGGCCCAGACACCCACCAGCUGUUGCUGGCGCUGCGCUGUGCCAUGGCCACGGCCCAUCUGCAGCGCUGUCCGGCCUCGCCGCCGCCACAGGACGUGUUGGCGUCGGUGGACGAGAUGCUGGGCGGCGGUGGUGCUGGCGGAGUGUCUCUGCUGGCCUGUGCGGCUGCGUUUCGGCUUAUGCUGACGUUGCAGUCACGUGAGGGCGCGGCGGACCGACACGCCGUCUCGCUGGAGCGGCUGGCCGGCGCCUUGCGGCUCUGGACAGGUGGCCCGGCCGGUCGGCGAUGCGGGCUCGGCGCUGCAGCACGGCGCAGCAUGGUGCGGCGCUGUCUGGCCGUGACGCGCAGCAUCGUCGGAAUGGACGAGGAUGUCCGCUUCGUCGGUCGGCUGGAAGACAUUGUGGACGAGGUCGAGGACGAGGUCGAGGACGAGGACGCCAUCAUGGACUACGGCGCUACCCCCGACGACGACACCGGCUAUGGCAGCAUGAGCGAAGACGGCCGGCUCGUGGACGUCUGCUAG